CUCCGUCCCAUUAUCGUUCUCAUAUAUUAAUAAUCUUUUUUUUUCCUCCCAAAUGCCUCAAUUCGACGCCGAGACGCCCCCUCCGCCGACCGGGAAAAUUGCGAGCGGCGAGUCUUCGCCGUCCUCCUCCGCCGAAACCACCUUUCGGGAGCUCGAUGAAGUUUUCUUACAGACGCAGACAAAAAUAUGGCUCGGCGAAGUCCUUCAGACCAGACUGAACGAGCACCAGAACAUUGCUGAGAUGCUCUCUGAUGGGGAGUUGCUGUUUGAGGUUUCGCGGGCGAUAUGGGAGAUGGUGUUGACGAGGAGGACGGAACUUGGACAUCUGAAGCCAUUCAAGUACGAUCCCUUUGCUUCGAGGAGACACAGUGGGAGGUACACGCCGUACUGCAACGUUGAUUCCUUCCUGAAGGUAUGCAAGAUACUGGGUUUGAGCGGAAUUGACGUCUUUUCUCCGUCUGAUGUUGUCGAGCAAAAGAACACUCGGAAAGUGUGCAUGUGCAUCCGUCUUCUCUCCAUGAAAGCAAGAUCAAAAUGCUUGAACGUUCCGGAUUUUGAUAUUGUUACUCGCACAGCGUCGAUGCCCACUGACAUGGUUGGAUUCAUUCGAAGGAGCCUGGAACUGUCACAGGGCAGCUUGUCGGAGUCUGUCACUAACAAAUCUCCACACAGUGUUUCCACAACAAAGAGUAGACAGAGACAUUCUCUUGCAAAUUCCGUAUCUUCCGAGAAUAUCAAUGACUCUGAUAUUAAUGUCGCGGACACGAAUUGCGAGGGUUAUCAGCAGGAAUUGCCAGAUGGUAAAUGCAGAGGUGAAAACGGAUAUGGGCAGAAUGGUUUGGAACCCGGCAGUACUAAUCUUGAUUCAAUCUGUCGAUCUGUUUCCGAGGAAGAUUGUUGGGAUUCCACCACUCCAAAGCAGAGUUGCAUUCCUCACCAGUUUGGAAUGUCGCAUCCCACGAACUACGAAAAUGGUGAAGACGAAGCAGAAGGCGUUACGGGUUCAUGUGCAAGUAACUCGUGCUCCUUUGACACCCAUGAAAUGUCAGUUUCGGAAAAUGGAAAUAGAGGCAAAUCUCAUGAUGAAUAUCUGGAACUAUCUUCUGUUUCCAGUGCAAAUUCUGUUGUUGGUCCUCUACGGUUGGAUUUUCGUGAUGAACAUGAUGUGAGUGAUAGUUAUGAAGAUGUCCAACUUUCCGGGACAGCAAGGUUGAUAGCUGAACUUCCCGAUGAGUUGAACACUGAUUCUGAGCUCGGAGGCGGUGAUAGUGUGACAUGCGACGGCUUUCAGACACCGUCUGAUGUGGUUUUGGUUAAAGAGAGAAAAAUGGCUCCAGAUCUUUUAGUAGAUGAUAGUAACAGCUUGCACGAACAGAAAACAACAAGCUGGUGCAUUGGUGUCGGAGUAAAUCAAGGUGCAGAUGAUGAAUGUAUCGACGAUGAAGGAUCCGGGUUCGAUCCAAAACCGUUUACAAACAUGUCUUCUACUGGUUCUGACCACCGGCAUGAGGAAAAUACGAAGUUGGGGAAAUCAAACGAGAUAAAUCAAUGUCCUAACGACCAAGACGACCUUCCGUCCUUCAAACCCGCAGAUAAACCACAAAAGAGACAGAUUCUCAAGUUCGUCGUCAGGGGAACAGCCAUUUUGAGCGUCAUGCUUCUUGCGCUUCGGUUCAGACACCGUGGCUUUGUUCUUCUUCGCAUGGCAGGAAAGGCGGCGGCGGAGAAGUUGAAGAGUCCCCUCGGAGUCUACCUCGUGAAAAUGGUCGGAGACAGAGUACGAGGAUUUCGAAUUUGCCCGCACAGAAUAGGAGGAUCAAGGGUGUUGGAAAGGGCGUAUAUCCGGCCGAGAAACUAAAUCUGGGAAGGAAGGAUACAUAAAAUAAAUAAAUACGAUUGAAAACGAGGAAAUAAAUAUAAAAUUAAAUAUGAAUUUUAGAUACAAAACAAUUAUGGUCACAAUGUUAAUUAAUGGGUACGUUAUUUGUAUGUCACUUCAAAUUUUAUUAGAUUCAACGCUAAAAUUCUAA